UCCUCCCCUUCAUACUCCUCCUUCUUUUUCCUCUUAACGACUAUCUCUUUUCAUUCAUACACACGUCAAAAGCACAUACCAAGAUUAAAUGGAUUUUUCAAACAUUUUUCAGGCUUCUAUUCAAGCCAAUCUCGAUGAGAAUGCAAUGUUGAAUGGUGCAACAGCCAUUCUGAUGACGAUAUUGCCAGGUUUCUGAUGGAGGCCGAAGCGUUCCUGUUGAACGAGAAUGCACCAGGCACAAGAGCAGGCGGAACAGUACAGAAUACCGCUACCACGCAGACCAUGUCAACACCACCAAUGUCCGCGUUUGAAAUACGGCACUUUAGUGCAGCUCCACCUGUGCCGAUUCCAAUAGAGAGCAACAACAAGGAUCAGCAAACCAUGCCAAUAAACUCGACGAUAUCCGUUUUCCAAGCCAACGAAAACCAUAUUUCAAUGGUACCAACAGCAUUAUCGACGCCAAGCUCCGCUUCCAGCGGCAGCAGUGGAUCCAGAACCACAGCCGCACAACGAAGGCAGGCCAACCGCAUGCGAGAGCCAAUCUUUGUUACGGAAGCACCACAGAACGCAUACAAGAAAAAGAAAUCUCGGUCAGCGUCGUCUGACGAUGACGACUCGGAUGAAGACGCAGCACAGCUCAAGAAACUCACAUCCAAGCAGCGUCGACAGAUGCGUAACAAGAUCUCUGCACGCAACUUCCGUGUUCGCCGAAAAGAAUACAUUGAGCAACUGGAGGCGCAGGUUGAGCGUCAAGACAAGGAACUUUUAGAGCUACGAACCACCAAUAGCAAACUGGAGAAAGCCAAUCAAGAACUGUUCCAAGAAUUGCAAUACUGGCGCACGAUGAUCCCCACACCUCCGGGCACCACUUCAUCAUCGAACAACAGCACCUCAGACAAUGCGACCUCGUCGCCCGAAGUGUUUCCCAUCCUGGACCUGGAACAGUUUAGCUUGUUCGAUUUCAGUGGCAAUACCCAUCUGGCUCACGCUGCCAUUCCAGACUUUGACUUUACACAGAUCUUGCAAGACAAGAAGUUGAUUGAAGAUGGCAGUGGCGAUGUGCCAGAAGACCACGAGCGGGACGGUGAAGGCAACAUUGUUCUGAAACCUUCGGAGUUGAUUAAGGUUUAUCCGUUGUUUGUGCCUGCGCUGAUGUCCAUGAUUGUUCGCCACACAUUCACGCUUCACUAUGCCGCAUACUUCAACAGCAUCUUGGACUUGCCGGUUCCUGUUGGUGGUGGUGCCAACAAGAUGCUCGAUCUGCUCGGUCAGCAGGAAUGGAUGCAGGCGUUCACGGCAGCUUCAGCAUCGGCUGUGAUCACUGCCUCGGGCAACCGUCGCCGUGGUAGCGACAGUGAAGGUGAAAGCGACAAGAUUUCGCUCAAGACCAUCAAGAUUGAUGGCGGACAAGAAGAAGGGGCAGAGUUGACUGAAGAAGAGGAGCGCGGUAAGGUCGAGGCAUUUAUGCGACAACACUACAUCCAUUAUACGUUCUGGCGCAUGUGCGGCUUAUCACACGAACAAGUGUAUCAACGGUUCUUGGGUUGCUACCGUUCUCAUCAUUCUUGUGCUCAAAAGUUCGAAAAGAAGACCAGCAAGAACAGCUUGCAGCGUCAAGCCUCAACACUGUCCGCUUUUCUGUCCGUUAGCAACACGGUCUUGCACCAUCCUGAACGAUUGCCCUUGAUUGCCUCUGUUUUGAAGCACAACAGCCUCACAAAGAUUAACAUGACACAGCAGAGGGCUGUCUUGGGUCUUCCGUCACCAUCCUCAUCUCCAACUGGCUCCUCUUCUCGCAAGAGGACUGGUUUCCCCAUGCUUAGAACUAUUAAGCUCGGUGGCCGCAAAGACUAAGCGUUUCCUCUUCCUUUACUCGCACAUGUACAACCCUUCAAUGCUAAAACUCAUAUCCUCAUUACUACAUCUUCAAGCCCGCUAUCCAAAAGGCGCCAUGCAUCCCUCAUACGUACACAACAGCCACCUCCUCUUUUUUCUUAUCGAUAUUCUUGUUUGAUUCAUCUUUUUCCUUUAUGUAAAUACGUUUGUCUUGUUCUUUGUCAGAGUCUUUUUCGUUGAAAUCUUUUUAUUCAAAAUAAACAUUUUUACCUGCAGUCCUUCUAAAGAUAGAAGAGCUCUGGAUAUACGGACUUGGUGAUUACAAUUUAUGACUUGGCUUAAUGAUAAGGACUGUUGUCGUCUGAAGGUCGACUCUUCCUGCCCUGAAUUAUGCUUGGCAGGAUCGAUUUGACA